AAGAACAAGUUACAUAAAGAGUACAAGGACCAUCAGGAAUGUAAUUCAGAAUUUCAUUAAACCAGAAUCCAAUAUACCGGCUACCUGGCUAUUCUUCUCUUUUCAUACAGCAGCUAGCAAUUUUUCAUCUAUCAGUUAUGUCUUACAACGUAUACACAGCCGAAUAUGCUGGCAAGCCAAAUUAUGUUGCAAUUUAUAUCGAAACCAAACCUAAUGCGUUGCAAGUCGCUGAUAGGGGACGCCUUUAUCAUGUGACUGGAAACAUCCUCCAAGGCAUGAAAUAUGACCCUCGAGACUCCAGGGAUCCUAUAGAGUCAGCCUCAUUCGUGCCGGGUACGAAGAUAAAGAUCAGAACCAUCGCCAAAGGGGAUUUGGCCAGAUUUGAAACAGAGUGUUGUAAAGCUGUCCCUCCACCACCGGCCCAGAUGACACUAGGUGGCAAACGUUUGGAUCCGUCUAAGCCGCUUUAUCGUUGUGGGGAAUGGAUUCAGGACGUUAAGAAGCUGACCUUUGAGAAAGGAAUUUUCAAGCCCUAAUGAAAUUGUGAGUUCUCUAACAUUGUCUUCCGGAUGUUUUGCUUAUCCUUGACAAACUGUUCAUGUAGGACAUUUCUCUCUUUGAGACAACUCUGAUGAUUGCAAGUCAUUUAGGUGUCCAACAGAUAAUUGUCAGAA